AUGGCAGCACCCACUGACUACUGCUUUAACAUGAGAGGCAGGCCAUUUGUGCCCAAGGGCAACACCAGCGUAAGGAAUGGUGGGCACGUGCAAGAACUGUUUCAUGAAGAAGCACAUCAGGUAUCUCAAAUGCAGAACAGACCCUGGUGGAAGAUACAGCUUUUUGUCUGGGAACCAGUGCUGUUUGGAACAUGGGACGGAGUAUUUACUUCUUGCAUGAUUAACAUUUUUGGAGUAGUUCUCUUUCUGAGAACUGGCUGGCUCGUGGGAAACACUGGCAUUCUGAUGGGCAUGUUUUUGGUGUCCAUUGUUAUCUUGGUGGCUUUGAUAACAGUUUUAUCUGGCAUUGGGAUCUGUGAAAGGUGCAGCAUUGGAAGUGGAGGAGUCUACUCAAUGGUUUCUACCAUCCUUGGAGGUCAAGUUGGAGGAACCGUUGGCCUUCUUUAUAUUUUUGGCCAGUGUGUUGCAGGUGCUAUGUACAUUACUGGAUUUUCUGAAUCUAUCUCUGAACUUCUGAGUCUCAGUAACAUUUGGGCAGUGAGAGGCAUCUCACUUGCUGUCCUUCUAGGCUUGCUUGCAAUUAAUCUUGCUGGUGUAAAAUGGAUAAUCCGUCUCCAGCUGCUGCUACUCUUUCUACUGGCUGUUUCCACACUGGAUUUUGUCAUCGGAUCUUUCACCCAUCUAGAUUCAGAACAUGGUUUUGUUGGCUAUUCUGAAGGCCUUAUGUUGAACAACACGCUUCCAGACUACAGUCCGGGGGAGUCUUUCUUCACUGUAUUUGGAGUAUUCUUCCCAGCUGCUACAGGUGUGAUGGCUGGCUUCAAUAUGAGUGGUGAUCUCCGGAAGCCUGCAAUGAGUAUCCCCCUAGGAUCCUUGUCUGCGAUAGGCAUCUCGUGGUUUCUUUAUAUAGUCUUUGUUUUUUUGCUGGGAGCCGUUUGUACCCGGGAAUCACUCCGUUAUGAUUUUAUGAUAGCAGAAAAGGUCUCCUUGGUGGGAUUCUUGUUCUUAAUUGGCCUGUACAUUUCAUCUCUCGCUUCCUGUAUGGGAGGUCUCUAUGGAGCACCAAGAAUCCUUCAAUGCAUUGCUCAAGAGAAAGUGAUACCAGUUCUUGCAUUCUUUGGACAAGGGAAAGGACCGAACAAAACUCCAGUGGCAGCGAUCUGCUUAACAAGCCUUAUCACCAUGGCAUUCGUUUUGAUUGGCCAAGUGAACAUCCUCGCUCCAAUAGUCACCAUAAACUUCAUGCUUACAUAUAUUAUGGUGGAUUACUCCUAUUUCUCUGUAUCCAUGUGCUACAGCCUUCAGCAGAACCCCAAAAUAUUAUGCAGACAGGACUCCAAGGUUAUACUGAGCUGUUCUCGGCCUUUAAUACAGGACAAACCCUCCUGCUAUGGAUCAGGUGGAAUAAUUCAAAGCAGAUCAAAUGGCACAUUGCUAGAAUUCACAAAAGACAUGGACCAACUUUUUAGGCCUCUCGGUAGUGAGCCGGGUCCUAGUAAUGAGACAACGGGGAAAGACCCAGAUACUGGCCAAUCAGUCAAGCAGAGGAAGCGAAAGAAAGCAGCCAAACAAAUGUUACAAGACAGCUUUCUCUUGGAUCUGGAUAAUAACGCUGCUGCUGCUCAGGAUCCCUGCAGAGAGGCCCUGGAAUCCAAUGAUACAAAUAUGCAGAGCUUUUCAGAAACAAGCUAUCAGGGUCAAGAAGGUGCCUCUCCAUUUGCAACUAUGGAAGCCAAGCAGAAGCUCAGCCAAGAUGGAAACCGGCGUUUUAAUGAGAUACAAAAUACACCCAGUCAAAAAACUAAAGAUUUAACCGUAAAACAACAAAGUCAAGAAUUGGAAAUUCAGGAGAUGCCAGUGUCCUUCUACUCCAGAUUCUGUAACCAUUGGGCGUCCCUAGUUGGUGCAGUAGGAUCCCUUGUCAUUAUGUUUGUCAUUCAGUGGAUCUACACCCUUGUCAGUUUGGGGCUAGCAAUUAUUCUGUAUAUCUACAUUGGACAAGUGAGUCCAGGACUACCACCUGGUGCUGCAGCUAAUUUCAGUUUUUUCAAGUGGAUGAAACUACUUUGGAUUAAUACUUGCAGGGGAAGGUCAUCCCUGGAGGAGCGGUUUGUUGUGACACCGUCCCUUGCAACAGUUGGCAUGGAGACCACUCAGCUCACUGAAGAGAAUACAGAUUUUGCCUCCCGGGACCGCUACCACCAUUCCUCUGUUAUCACCAGAGAAGAGUUUGUUAAUCAGUUCCAACAAGAAAGAAACAUGCCAUUCAGUCCACCAGCCAAUUAA